CCGCUGCUGCCUGCGCCCUGAUGCCGUUGACUCUCCUCCUCUUCCUCGUCCUCCAUCGAUAUCCGUCCUCGACCCGGUGCUCGUCGCUACCCCUCCUCUUCCUCCCUCGACUAUAUCCUCCCCCUCUUCCCCUCCUCCCCUCCUCCUGCUCUUCCCACCCCACCCACCUUUCCUUCUCUCUUGUUGACCUCUACCCAUGUCCUCCACAGCUGUCCACCCCUACGAGGAGAAAAUCCACGACGACUUUGUCGAGAACGCCGUCGAUGACGACGAGCACACCCUCGACCCCAUCGAGGACAAGUACGGCGGCACCUACAUGUGGCUCAUCGCCACCUCCGCCGCCGUCGGUGGUCUUCUCUUUGGCUACGAUCUUGCCAUCAUUUCCGGCGUCCUCGUCAUGCUCGGCACCAGUCUAGACCACCACGUCCUGUCCUCCAACCAGCAGGAACUCCUCACCUCCAUCACCUCCGGCGGCGCCUUCCUCGGUGCCCUCAUGGCCGGUUUCAUGCUCGACCGCUUCGGCCGCCGCACCGUCAUCGGCAUCGGUGCCAUUAUCUUCACCCUCGGCUCCCUCAUCCAGGCUCUGUCCUGGUCGCUCGCGCAGAUGACCGUCGGCCGUCUCGUCGUCGGCCUCGGCAUCGGCGAGGCCGCCAUGGUCGCCCCGAUCUACAUCGCCGAGGUCGCGCCCGCAAAGCUGCGCGGCCGUCUCGUCAGUCUUGACGCGAGCGCAAUUACCUUUGGCCAGUGCGUCGCAAACAUCUUCAACAUCAUCUUCGAGCACGUCGACCACGGCUGGCGCUACUCCGUCGCCCUCGGCUGCAUCCCGUCCAUCCUCCUCCUGAUCCUCUGCUUCAUCGUCCCCGAAACCCCGCGCCAUCUGAUCCGCAAAAACAAGAUCGACGAGGCCAUCCGCGUCACAGCCAAGAUCUACAUCCACGCCACGCCCGAGGAAGUCGAAAGCAAAGUCCGCAAAAUCAGACACAAGUUCGAGAUGGAGGAGCGCUACCGCGAGCUCACCUUCCGCCAGCAACUCUCACUGCUCUACAAAGAUCCCGCAAACUUCAAAGCGCUCAUCAUUGCCUGUGGUAUCAUGGGUAUCCAGCAGUUUGCCGGCUCAAACACGCUCAUCUACUACUCGCCCACGCUUUUUGGUCUCGUCGGAUUCAAGAACGCGAUCGCCGUCUCGAUCGUCAUCACCGCAACAAACUUCGCCUCCGGCCUCCUGUGCUUGCCCUACCUCGACAUCUUUGGCCGUCGCCGCUUCAUCAACGUCACAUACUGGGGCUGUCCUAUCGUGCUCAUUGUCGCGGCAGUCGCAAUCAGUUACAUCCCCAUCAGCAAGGACCUCACUGUCGCCGACCAAAAAAUGACCUGGGCCGGCGUCGUCGUGCUCGUCUGCACCAUCCUCUUCAUCCUCUUCUUUGCCUCCGCGCUCGGCAACAUCCCCUGGCAAGGCAACGAGCUCUUUCCCAUGGAAGUUCGCUCGCUUGGAACCAUGAUGCUCACGCUCACCUGCUGGGGCUCAAACAUCGUCGUCUCCUCCACCUACCUCUCGAUGAUGAAGAACAUCACUCCCAGCGGCACCUUCGGCUUCUACGCAGGCAUCAACCUCAUCGGCUACCUCUGCAUCUUCUUCAUGUACCCCGAGGUCUCCGGUAUGACUCUCGAGCAGGUCAAGAACAUCUUUGAGCAGAAGUUUGGCUGGCCGAUGGUCAAGUACAGCGUGCGACUCUUCAAAGAACGUAAACAGGCCAUGAAGUUGAAAGCGGCAGAGGCGAAUGAUUCCGCCGACAGCAGCGGCGUCGCGGGCUCUUUGCAAUCGCAGCCUGAGCAGGUCCCUGUGGCUGAAGAGAAGGGUCAGUAAUCUUGCCUUUCUUUUUCUUUCCGUUUUCGAUUGUUUGUUGUGGGGAGAGUUACUGUAGCUACUGUUGAAUUAAAAAAUCUAUUAUAUCGCCUCUUGAUCAUUCACAGCUUGUAAAUCGUAGCAGCUAAAUCAGCAAUUUUUAUAUUGGUGCUUGUAGGGCUACUUCUAUCGGCAGAGAAGGUUUCGUGAAGGCUUGGUAUUGUACUACAUGUGCUACACAAGACACUAAGCGAAGACGAUAGCCGAGUGCACUCUUCAGGCUCAGACAGAGCUUAAUUAUUCCAGCAUCAUCUAGAAUAAAUUAAACUGCAGAGGAUGUUGAUGCAUUAUAGACACCAGAAACUAAGAAUAGUACGCGAACG